AUGAACGAAAAAAGUCACAAGCAAGCACCGCAGGUGCAGUCAGAAACGCUGUCGCUUAUAAAGAAGCAAUUUUUUAAAACGAAAAUGUGCCCGUUCCAGAAAAAUAAAAACUACUGUCUAAAUGAGUCCAACUGCCAUUACGCCCAUAGCAUUGACGAAUUAAAGCCUAUGCCUGACUUAAGGAACACGAAGCUGUGUGAUUAUGUGAAGAAGAAGAUUCCCUGUCGAGAUGCAAACUGUAAGUUCGCCCACGACAUUGACACGCUAAAGCCAAGCGUCCACUUGGCCACGUACAAAUCAACUAUCUGUAGCUUCUGGGGAAAAGGAAAAUGUUUUAAUGGGAAUAAAUGCAGAUUUGCACACGGAACGGAAGACAUAAAAACGAAUGAACAGGUAGACCUAUUGCAGGGUUCAAAAUGUAGCAAGAAAAAUAAAAAUAAAAUGAAGAGCAAUACCACUGAUCAGAAGCAAGGAACAGCUUCUACUUACUCAUUCGAUACGUGUGAUUAUUCCGCUAAUGGGUCGUCCGAAAAUACAAACAUGUCUUCUUCAUACGACAAAGAUAGGGAUGCCUAUAUCUGCAAAAGAAACGUAAUAAAAAAUGAAAAGGCGAAAAUAAAGAGCAAAAAGAGAACACCCCAUGGGGAUAAUGAAGUAACCACAGGAGACGUAAAUGACAUAAAUGGAAUAAGUGGCAUAAAUGACACCCUCGAUAAGGACACGGUGGAUGGAGAUUUCCUCCUGCCAGAUAGCAGCAACGGAAAUUCUAUUAAAGACGUCCUUAGCAAAAUUGAAAAUCUAGCCCUGUCUACCUUUAUGGAAAAUAAUGACAAGUACGCGAAAGUUAUCAAGUACCUUUUGAACGAAAAUAACCUCCUGAAGGAGUCCAUUAAGAAGGAACAGAAUGGAACCCUGGUGGAGAGGGACUUCCCGGGCGGCUCCAAGCAAGGCGGCACCGACCAGGGCGGCAUAGAUGGAGGGUUCGCAGAUAAACCAUAUACAGAACAACCACAUGCACAGAAACCAUAUUUAGGUGAACGCUUCCCCACUCAUCGUUUCGCUACCCAACGGUUCUCCUCCCUCAGCAGCAACGAAACCCAUUUUGGCUACCCCUCCACUGUCGCAGUAGCAGCGGCAUCCAUCAACCGCAACCUCCACCUUGAGGAUGACCUGACGAAGUACGUCCUUCCAGAGGAUACAACAGAAAAUUACCUGUUCACAACUGAGAAGAGAAACUCAAAGCAUGCCAUGUCCAUUUUUGAUGACGGGAUCAAGGCAGAUGACAACCUGAACAGCAUAAUAAAAACCAUAGAUGACAUUCUCAUUUCGCAAAAUGUAGGAUCCUUUUCCAGCGUGAAGGAUGUGAACAAUCCCCCGGAAAUUAGGGAUGCCUUUUCUGUUAAUAACAGUGGAGAGCUAACUAACAGACAGUAUACAAACUUGAUGAGCAACGCCAAGUCGUUCGAAACGGAGAGAAGUGUAUACAAUCAGAAUGGUAACUUGAGUAACGUGCCACAUAAUGGAAAACAUAUGUCAACGGGAGAAGUCCAGGAAGAGGUGCCAAACCAACCAUUUGAGGAAGGCAUAAUAAAUUAUCUUCCGCAAGCAAGGAAGAGGAGGAACUGCUAUGAGGAGAAGUUUGGAGGUGCGCAGCAGCCAGCAAUUUCGUAUGGCGUCCCCAUCGGAGGAAGCAUCCACAAUAGCGGCAUGAACAACAGCGCUACCAACACGGGCAGCACGAACCAGAUGCUCGAUUCAGACGCAUUUCCUACGUCCAAAAAUUUCAGCCCCUUUGUUUUUCACAAUAAUGAAUACAAAAACCAGGAGAUGGGGCUAAAUCAGCAGCAGAGGAUGCCACAACUGCCGCAUAUCAGCCAAGAUGCGUUUGAUAAAAAUGAGGAGAUAGACACGUGGAAAAAUGGCAUGGUUCUGUUCAGGAAUGAUCACAUGGCUAGCUUUGUUGGGAACAACGAAAGAGACGGAAACUUCAGUGGCGUCAACUAUAUGAGGGGCGUUGGAGGUGAUGACGCGGCGAACGGGUAUGCCAAGAACGGUUUUUCCGCCAACCCAUUUGCAACCAACGGAUUCGGAUCGAGCGACCAGGGGAGAGCAUUCCCAACGGUGGACCGCUUCGGACAGAGAGGUUAUGGAAAUGGGGAAAUGUUUCUCCCCUCAAGUCAUGGCAAAAAUUUGAACAGCAAAAAGGAGACCAUUCCGAAUGUGACCACAUCAAUUAUGACCACUCCCAAUAUGGCACCACCACACCAGAUGCAGAAAAAACCAGCCAAUAGCGUCACCAUAGGAAAGGAGAAAAAUGCGAAGCUGAAUUUGCGAGAAGGCGCUGAACUGAGCGACAGCGCCAUGAACGUGGACAGAAAUUUCCCAUUCAGUAAUGACAAGUCAGACUUUCUCAAAAAAAUAAAAGGCUUAAUAUCGAAGGAGUUACAGUAUAGUGAAACGAAAAACGCACACUCGAGCGUAAAAAAUGUGAACCACAUGAAUUGGUCUAGUGAAAAUAAUUAUCCGUUUAAAAAGAACACCCAGCUAAGUGACCCGUUACCAUCAGCAUCGAAUUACAACACGUCCAUUCCAGAUAUACACAAUCUCACUUUUCUAUAUAACAAUAAUAUAGAGAGUAAUAACAACAGAUGGUUUGAUGAGGUGAACAGUGGUAACAGCGUCGGUGUGAGGAAUGCAGAAGUGACGGAUGAAAAUGGAUUUGUACGACUAAAUAUGGACUUUUCUACUUAUAAAAAAGAAGGAAAUAAUGAACAGAACAUUUGGAAUGCGAAUGCUAAUUUGAAUGAAUUUGUCUACCCGAUGAUGUCCCACGGGUGGAUGAACGAGCAGAAGAGCGGCGAUUUCUUUGGCGUCUCCAAGUCUGUCAAUUUGAGCAGCCUCAACUAA